UAUUUUCUUUUGACAUUUGUAACUUGGCGUUCUUAGUUUAGGAAAUUCUUUUUUUAACAUAAUUUUUAUAUUAAACGUGUUUUCGCAAUGUCCAAAAAAGAUAAAAAGGUAAAGAAGCCUAAAGAAAAGGAUGGAUCGGAAUCAGAUCAACAGCAGCAAGCUGAUAGCGAGUUUCCCACUGACUGGGAUGUUGACUCUUAUCGCCGGGAAUACGAGAGCGAGGAGCAUUGGUUGCUGAGAAAACGAUUUAUGGAAAUGCACAAAAAUAAAUUUCCAGAGGACAAAGUAGUAUGCUUAGCUCAAGUAUUCACGAAUAUGGAAUUCAUGGGCUGCAAAUAUCCAGCUGAAACGAUGGCCAUGGUGGCUGAAUUGUCACGAGAAGUUGCAAAAGAAUUUCGGGCAGGUAGAGCUAAUCGCCUGAAAAGAACCUUUGUUGCGGCUUCAGAUGCUGCCGAGGCUAGGGCUAAAGGACGGAAAUCUGCGCAGCAAUCGAACGAUGUACCGACAACAACCCAGUAUGGCCAAAAACGCAAGCACUUUGAAAUGGGUGGAGCGGCCAAUGUAAACCAACCAACAAAAAAAGCUGCAAAUGUUGAUCUUUUCUCAGGUCUAACUUACAAUAAUUUUAUAGUGUAUUUAAAUGGCGGCCGCAAUUGCCUGCAAUUAUCUGCACAACGUAGCAAUGUACCCUAUGUGGAAAGAGAAGUUCGUGCACAAAAUAACACCAAAAAAAUUGAAAUUUGUUUGGACAAUAAAGUAGUGGCUAGUGCCUGCGAAGAUAAUAUUAAGACCUCCAAAACAGCAGCAUUUAACAAAGCAUUGGAUAUACUUCAAAAGCAAUGCUAUAGCAUUAAGCUUAACCCUAGUAGGAAGACUAUCAAAAUAGAGAAAAGCAACAAUAAAGUUAGUGGUGAAGUUAUUAAAUCACAAGUUGACGCAGCAUCAGAAGAUAAAAAACUCGAUGACAACAACAAAGGCUUUCGAAUGAUGAAAAUGAUGGGAUGGUCUGGUGGAGGCUUAGGUUCCAAAAGUCAAGGUCGUGAAGAUCCAGUGGGUUAUUUAUUCAAAAAUAAUCGUGCUGGAUUGGGCAACGAAGAUUGUAAGUUUGAUAAAAAAUAUUUCCAACAAAUGUUGAGAAAUUAUGUCGAAUCUGACGAUAUACGAGAACUUCAAUUCGAGCCAACGUUCACCAAGGACGAAAGGGCGUUAUUGCACGAAAUUGCAAAAAACAUAAAUUUAAGAUCCUCGAGUUAUGGCCAAGGAGAACAGAGACGUUUGAUUGUAACCAAAAAAACCAUAACCGAUGUUCAAAUUUUACAAGAAGUACUAAUAAAUAAAAAUUCUCGUUUUAUGGAUCGGUAUUUAGUGCAAGUACCGUUAUCAAAGAGCGAGUUAUAUCCUGACCACACUGAACCUUUAACACUGUGAGUUGUCCAAUAAAACAUACAGUUUAAUAUUAAAGGCAUAGAAACAAAAUAAUAUUCCUCUGUGUAUAUCCUAAGUAUAAUUAAACCUAGGUAUAAGUUUAAUUGCUGCGUAAAUUUAAGACAAAUGAAAUAUGAAAAUAAAAAAAGGGCGAAAAAUAAAA